AUGUUCAGCUCUGCUCUCAGCAAGCGAUAUAUCCCCGCUGCAGUUCAAUUCUACAGUAGAACCGCCAGGAUGUCAUUGAAGGCUAUCUCCUCCAAAGAUGCGGCCGCUCUUGACAAGGACCUAAUGGAGGUCGGAGGAUGGUCGUUGGAUCAAUUGAUGGAACUCGCAGGGCUAUCUGUUUCGCAAGCCGUCUAUCGUCUUCACCCCCCAAGCGCUGCCAAGAAUGUCCUUGUCGUCUGCGGACCAGGCAAUAACGGCGGCGACGGCCUCGUAGCCGCUCGUCAUCUCGCACAAUACGGCUAUUCACCGUCAGUCUACUACCCAAAAGAAGGCAAGAAUGAACUCUACAAGCGUCUCAAAACCCAACUCCACAAUCUCUCCGUCCCCUUCGUUCCAGACUUCACCGAGGCCCUGAAAUCCGCCGACUUCCUCGUCGACGCCAUCUUCGGGUUCUCGUUCGGCGGACCCUUGCGCGAUCCCUUCCCCUCCAUCAUCUCCCAGAUCGAGUCGUCCUCCGUUCCGGUGCUGAGCGUCGAUGCGCCCAGCUCCUGGGAUAUCCAGAGCGGUCCGCCCAAAGAGGGUCCCGGCGCAAAGUUUAUGCCAGAGGCGCUGAUUAGUCUGACAGCUCCGAAGCCUUGCGUCAAAUAUUACCGCGGCAGGCACUUUAUCGGGGGCCGGUUCCUCACAAAGAGUAUUGCGGAGAAGUAUGGGCUGGAUUGCCCCAAGUAUCCUGGUAUCGAUCAGGUCAUGGAGAUUGGGGUCGAUGCCGAGGGACGGCUGUGA